CCUUCUAUAUCAUUUAUAACCGUUCCUCGACUUUAUCAACGUCAUUCUACAUCUUUCCUUGAAAACAGCCAUUUAAGUAUACCUACACAUAAUGGUUCUCAGUCGUCUAGAAAACGGUGAACGUUGAGGAGGAGAAUCGUGGGGGAAGGGAAAUAGUUGCAUAAUAAUCGUGGAGUUUGCUCUCAGAGUUUCCUCUCAGAGCCACCAGUCAGACUCAUCAGUGGGACUGGGCUGAUGGUACUCUUACUCCAGAUGCUUGGAUAAGGAACUCAAAAGUGGGCACCAUUUUAGAGAGGGGAUUGCAAAUUGUGCUAAUGAUGAACAUCUUUAACGAUACCAUUGAUUUAUCGGUGAGCUGUUGCAGCCACUGCAGUCGUUGGAGAUUGAAGUUAUGAAACUUGUAUCACAGACAAGGCACAUGAACUUCGUCAUAUACCUCGUCUGUGCUUGUAUUUAUUGAAUGACACGGAUUGUAGCACUAGAUGGAGCCACUAUCUCUCAUCAUGGUAACCGGUUGCAGAGAGAGACAUUGGAAUUGGAAUUGGAAUGAGAUAGUGGAAUUAGUACGCGCAAGUCCUGUAAUAACGUUGGAAGCUAAGACGUUAGGAAGAUUUUGAUAAGAUAAAAAUGUUUUCAUCAAGUCUUCGUGAAUUUGUGAGCCGUCAUAGACGAAAGUUUAUAGUGGGCGGCAUUAUUGUUAGUACUAUUGUUUUUAUUAGAUAUACAGCACGUAGGCUUCGAGAGUGGCAAGAAAAAGAAAUAAAAGACAUGUUGGACAAAUCUAAACGACGACAAUAUUUUGAUUGCAAUGAAAGAACUUGCAGUCAAAUGAUAAUGUCUCUUAUAGCAACUUUAAGAGAUUCCAUAAUAAAUGUUGUGGAUACUGAAGCUGUUGUGAACAAACUUAGAAGUGGUUGUCCUGAUAAAAUAGCAUGUUGGAAUGAGUUGAAAAUUUUAGCAAUUACCAGAUCUGCUGUGGUAGUAUAUUCAUAUGCGAUGUUAGCAACGUUAAUAAGAAUUCAAUUUAAUAUAAUAGGUGGUCAUGUAUACAAAGAUAUUCAAAAUUCCAAUGGCACAGCUACAGAAAAUAUCAUACAAACAAAAUACAUGUCAAUUUCACGUCACUUUAUAUAUGAAGAAAUUAAAAAAUUGACUUCACUUAUAAAAAGUAAAGUGGCAGAAAUAACAGCAUCAAUUUCUUUGAAAGAUGAAUUGACUUUAAAAGAUAUAGAAGAAAUAUAUUGGGCCUUAACAUCUUCUAUAUCUACAGAUAGUUCAAAAGACCCUGUAAAAAAUCUUGCCGAAUAUAUGUUAUUACCAAAUUGUGAGGAAGAAAAAACACCUGUAUUAUUAAAAUUAUUCAAUGAGACAUUGGAUCUACUAGAAAGUGAAGAAGUACAAAAUUUGACACAAAGUAAUAUUAGAGGCGGAUUUAGCUUACUAGUGGACCAUAUUUCUGCAUUCUUUGUUAUUUCCCCUGUAAUAGAAAAUGGUAAAUCUAUUGAAAAUGGUAUAUCAGUACCAGGAACGUCAAAUCAGACAAGCAUAAACACAAAAUAUGAUUCAAGUGCAUUUAUAAAUAUUAAUAAGGUAUCUAUGCCAAUGGCUAAAAUAAUACCUAUUAUAAAUGGACAAGUACCAGAUAAAACAACAUUAAAAGAUUUUCAAAGCGAUUUGUUACAGCGUCUUAUAACAAAUGAUGAACUUAAGACACUUGGAGCAAAUAUUUAUGAAGCAUUUAGUUUUUAAAGAUAGAUAGAUAAACAUUUUAUUUUGGUCUGACAGCUUUGGUUUACAAUUCUUUACAACAAUAUAUAAUAAAAUACUGUAUAAUAAAAUAUA